UCUGCGGCUGCCGGCGAGGUGGUGGAGGAAGUAGGUACCUGCUGCUGGGUUCCUCGCCGUGCUGGUUCUGUCUACUCGACUGCGUGAAGCGCCUUCCUCACAGGACAUCAAUGCAAGACUGAAUAAGAAAAACAGUUUCUUCCUCUAAGCCAUGGCCUAUCAGUUAUACAGAAAUACCACCUUGGGAAACAGUCUUCAGGAAAGCCUCGAUGAGCUCAUACAGUCUCAACAGAUCACUCCCCAACUUGCCCUUCAAGUUCUACUUCAGUUUGAUAAGGCAAUAAAUUCAGCAUUGGCUCAGAGGGUCAGAAACAGAGUCAAUUUCAGGGGCUCUCUAAAUACAUACAGAUUCUGCGAUAAUGUCUGGACUUUUGUAUUGAAUGAUGUUGAAUUCAGAGAGGUGACAGAACUUAUUAAAGUGGAUAAAGUGAAAAUUGUAGCCUGUGAUGGUAAAAAUACUGGCUCCAAUACUACAGAAUGAAUAGAAAAAUGGCUUUUUUUAUGCCAUCUUCUGUUACUGUUCAUCACUUUUUAAAGAGAAGCAUAGAAGAGACUUUUUUAUUUAUUCUAGCAUUACAGAAAUGACUACACUGUGCUAUUCUAUCAGAGAAUCCAGUAGAAAGAAGCUUCUAACUCUGUAGCCUCUUAUAUUACCUUGAUUAUACAACAUGAAGAAACAGAACUUUUUUUUAAUGGUAAAUCAAACGUCGUUGCCUUCCUAAUAACAUUCUUUAAUAAACUCAUUUUAAAAUUCAAUGUGGGUAAUAACUGGUAAAACUAUUAAGGUAGCAAUAUGAAAAUAUAUAAACAUUUUGAAAGAACACCGCAUUCCUAGCAAAAGAAAUUAGAAAAUACAUUCAUUUCAGUAAAGUCAGUUAGCUUUAUCUAUUGUAACAGAUGAUAAAAGCAUCAGCAGGAGCAAAACCUAAUUCUGGAUUGGAAUUUUACUUAAAGAAUCCCUUUUUCAAAAAUACAAAGCGGCCCUGGCUUAUAUGGCUUGGUGGAUUGAGCGCCAGCCUGAGAGCCAAAGGAUCACUGGUUCAUCUGCUAGCCAGGGCACAUGCCUGGCUUGUGGGCCAGGCUCCUAAUGGGAGGUGUGCAAGAGGCAGCCAGUUUAUGUUUCUCUUCCCUCCUUUCUCCCUCCUUUCCCCUCUAAAAAAAAUCUUUUUAAAAAAUUACAAGUACAAAACCAGGUAAUCAUCAGUGUAAAAACAUACUACGUACAACUGAAUUAGGAAAAGUUAGGCAAUCUUUAGACAGCUUCCAUAGCCAAAACAAAAUUUAAAAAAAAAAAAACAAAACUAUUUCCGAACAAAAUAGCCUCUACACA